AUGCUUUUUCCCCGGAAUAACUUUGGCUUCAUGUGCCUUGUACCCCUCCUUUGGGGCGCAGUGUCGUCGGCGCACAAUGAAACCCGACCGAUCUCAAACGAGCUAUUCAACUCGCUGGAGGAGCUAUCUCGACUCGUCGACAUCUCCUAUUGCGUAGGCACGACGGGCGUGCAGAAGCCAUUCCAGUGUCUCAGCCACUGCUCAGAGUUCCCGAACCUAGAGCUAAUAACAGCAUGGAGUACCGGAGUGCUAUUAUCCGAUAACUGCGGGUACAUCGCGCUGUCACACGAGCCCGGGGAGAAGCGCAUUAUAAUCGCUUUUCGGGGUACGUAUUCAAUUACAAAUACGAUCAUCGACCUCUCCGCAUAUCCACAAUCAUACGUCCCAUAUCCAGGAAACGAUUCGGACAGGGAAAGCAAAACGCAACCAGAAAAGCACUGCACAAACUGCACCGUACACGCCGGAUUCCUUAAAUCCUGGACCAACACACGAGAAACAGUACUGCCGCGCAUCGCCUCUGCACUGGAAAAGUACCCCAACUACGAAGUAACGUUGGUAGGCCAUUCGCUGGGCGGGGCGGUAGCAGCACUAGCAGGGCUAGAAAUGCAAUUGAAGGGGUGGAACCCGACAGUCACGACAUUCGGCGAACCGAUGGUUGGGAAUGCCGAUUUCGCCAGCUUCCUCAAUGAGCAAUUCGAAUUAGAAACCGGUCGCAAAUCGCGUCAGUCAACGAACUCCUACAGCUACAAACUGAAGGAGCGGAAAUACCGCCGAGUAACGCAUAUCAACGACCCGGUUCCACUUCUCCCACUUCGAGAAUGGGGAUACGCGCCCCACGCUGGUGAAAUAUUCAUUUCCCGAGCAGAGCUUUCUCCCGCAGUUCGGGAUGUUCGAUUAUGUAUCGGCAAUGAAGAUCCAGGAUGUAUCGCCGGCGCCGAGUCACCAGAACGUGAACUCUUGGACAUGUACCAAGAUAUAAACAUACCACUGGAUACGAUGGAGAAUCCAGUAGAGCCAUGCUAUGAGUCACCUGAGAUGAUAUCCCAUCCAAAUGCGGAGCAGCAAGUCGUUAUCGGGGCACGAAGCAGUCCAAGAUGCAAACCGAAGGAAGCCACCUCAGGACUGUAUCCCCGGAACUGGGAUUGGUCUUUUAUUCCCGGGAGAUAUCGACUUUGGGAGCUAUUCUAUGCUCACCGGGAUUAUUUCUGGAGAAUCGGGCUGUGUGUCCCUGGUGGUGAUCCGACGGGGUGA